CAGUCUCCCGUGUAUACUGCCCAAAUGUCCGCGACAAAAGGAAACACCGCUCUCGCCCUCACUCGUGUCUGGCACCACACUUCCGCCCAAAACAGAGUACUCGGAACCCUUGCAAGCCGGAUAGCAUGGGUGCUCAUGGGCAAGCACAAACCCACAUAUGACCCGGCAGUGGACGCAGGAGAUUAUGUUAUUGUCUCGGAUGCUUUACAAGUGCGAUUGACAGGGAAAAAGGCCACGGACAAGGUCUACCAUCACCACACAGGAUUCAUGGGAGGUCUGAAGAAGGUUCCUAUUACAAGACUAAGAGAACGUCGACCAGAAGAGAUCAUUCGCAAGGCGGUCUCCGGUAUGCUUCCAAAGAACACUUUCCGUGAUAGAAGACUCGAACGAUUAAAGAUAUUCCCUGGUGCCGCCCCGGAGACGUACAAGGGCAAUGUAUUAACUACUUGGCGAGAGAAUAGUGCCAAGAUAGAGCGAUCCCCAAGUGUUUCGUCAGUCCCCCAAACGGAGGCCUGAUCAGGACUUAUGUAUCUUUUUACUGAGUAAAUACACUUGUUAUCAGUAUCUACAAAAUUAUUGAAAUCUAAAAACGAAACCCGGCACCGUGGACGAGAAGGGGUGCAAUGGGAUGUGAGGGCCUCAACGAUAGCUGACGACGAGGAAAUAUGCCCUUAGACAUAGAUCAUUGCUGUAAACACAGAGGGGCCCCAAAAGACAUGUCUCAAAAGGCGUUCUCUCCGUACCUGUCAACCACAUGUUCUUCUAGAGUCGGAGAUGGUUCGCUUCAACAUCUUCCAUCAGCUCAUGAUUGUCUUCGUCCAUAUAUGAUGACUUGAUUUACU